AUGCAAAUCUUCUUUGUGAACAAUAUUUUUGCAUUACGGGAGUCCUGCAUGGACAACGAUGUCUUGCAUAGCAGAGUAUCAGUGACUGUCAAAAACUCUGCUCUAUUCAGAUUGAUUGAAAACGUAAUAGAGCAAAACACUGUUGAGCAUCUCGUAAGCACAAUCACAGCCCACUUGAUAUGUGGAAAGUAUUGCAGAGAAAAGUCGCUUGAUUACAUUUCUGAGCUUAUUGAGGAUGAGCUAGAGCGUUCAGGUAUAGAGCUUGAUGAUGAUGUUGAUGGAAUUGCAAUGGCUAUUUUAUUUGUUUAUGAAGAGCUUGCAGAUGGCAAGUCUGAGUUUUUCCUUAAGAUCCAAGAAAAACAUGCACAGGUUACUCCUCUAUGUGAUUCGGAUUCAGAAGCUGAGUAA